CCAAGUUGGUUUUCAAAACUCAGAUCCUCGAAAGUUGAAAGCCCAACGGGAACCGAGGGAAAAUGGAGGACCUGCAUGUCCUCGCAGUUCCUACACCCACAAAACAAAAGAGUACAGCCAAAACGACGGCCGCCGGAAUCGAGGCCGGAGAAACCAACGGGUCAUCCCCGCCAGCUACAGCCUCCCGCCGUCGCGGCCGCCCUACCGCCUCCCACCUUCCCCCGCGCAAGAAAUUCUCCGUUUCCACCUCCUGGUACCCACUCCUCGUCCAGCUCAAAAACGAACUCCAUCUCCGCUCCCUCGCCGACACCGUCCACUGGCUCAUCCACCGGGUCCGACCCGACCUCCUCCCCACCGGACCCACACCCAAACCCGACAAGCGCUCCGCUCCAGAAGCCUCUGACCCGGCGGAACCCAUUUGCAUGCCCAUCCUGCAGGCCGAAGCCCGGUUGCUGAUCCAGAAAAGGUCGAUUAGGGCGACCGUGAUUCAAGCCGCUUCUUUGUUUUUCGACACCCCUGGAACUUUAGAUAAAGCCGAGCGGCUGAUCGCCAUAGCUGCUGGAUAUGGCUCACAUUUGAUCGUCUUCCCUGAAGCAUUUGUUGGUGGCUAUCCAAGGUGCAUGCCUCCCGUUGAUUCUGGGGCAAAAGAUGAUGAAUUGAUGCUCAAAUACCGGUCGUCAGCCAUUGAAGUUCCUGGUCCAGAGUUUGAGAGUCUGGGGAAGAUUGCUGCCAAACAUAGAGUGUACUUAGUAAUGGGAGUAGUGGAGAGGUCAGGGAAGGUCCUGUACAGUACUAUGUUGUUCUUCGAUCCAGCUGGCCGAAUUCUAGGGCAACAAAGGAAGAUGUUUCCAUCGCCAUCAGAAACUGCAGUAUGGAGUUCUGAAGGCCAAUGCAAUUCUUCACUCCCACUGUACCAGACCAUCGUAGGAAAUGUUGGUGGCCUAAUCUGUUGGGACAACAUCUUCCCGCUCCUAAGAAAUGAGCUCUAUGCCAAAGGGAUUGAGAUAUAUUGUGCCCCAAAUGCGGAUCCCGGGGAGAUGUGGAGGUCUGCAGCAGUCCAUAUUGCAGUAGAAGGCAGCUGCUUUGUUCUCUCGGCUAACCAAUUCUGUCGAAGGAAGGAUUAUCCACUAGCAGCAGAUCAAGAUGGGGAUAGCAACGAAAUUGUGUGUGCAGGAGGUAGCUUCAUUGUCUCGCCAUCGGGAACCAUCUUGUCUGGACCUGAUCAUGAAGGAGAGUGUCUACUAUCAGCUGACAUUGACCUUAAGGAAAUCGAUGGAGCAAAGAGCAAACUCAUGAGGAUAAACCAGACCGAGAACAACGUUGAUGCCCGGGCAGGCAGCAGCCAUGGAAGUUGAAGUCCGAACAGGCACACAAGGGUAACUCGGUGUGGCAAGUAACACCAUUUUAAUAGUUACUCUGGUAAUCUCUGGAAGGUAUUUUGUUCCUGGACUCCCCUGAUCAGCCGUCUUGCUAACAGCAGCAGCAGCAGGUGUAGUUGAACUGCUGGUUUGUGUAUAUUUUUUGGUACAGAAGAUGUACGUAGAUAUGUAGUUGAUGGUGAUCAGGGUGACCUUUUGGCACUAUUAUAUUAUAUGUAGAGUCCAAAUGUAGAUAGUUGCUAGCGGGAGCUGCAUUUGCCCUAUUUAUGUAUGUUCAGCUUAGAUGUAGGCAUGUAGCAACUCCAGAAACUUGCAUUUCUCAGUAAAUAUGUAGAAACUUCCCUUUUCCCAGUUCAG